AUUUUCAUUAAAAACAACAUUAUUAAGCCUGGAUGAGGUGGCGACUUGUCCGGGGUUUACGCCAUCUUCCGCCCGAAUGCACCUGAGAUAGACCCCAGCACCCCCCUGCCACCCCAAAAGGGAAUAAAAGGUAGAAAAUGGAUGGAUGGAUGUGAGAUGUAACAAAAAAUGCCAUCAGUUUUCAAUAAAAACAACAUUAUUAAGCCUGUAGAAAACGGAUGGAUGGAUUUUCAUAGUUUUCUACCUGAAAACUGACUUAGUCUUGUCUAGAAUAUGCUGAUGUGACAACUUCCAGUGAAGAAUGUGUAAACAAACACAGCGUGCAAGAAUAUUGUCUGUUCAUGGUGUUAGUUCUGAAAAUAUUCCCCAGCAGGCGUUACGGAAGGUGAUAAAAACAUUAGUGGAGGAAGUCUUGCCCCAUCCGAAGUUCACCUGACCCAGCGGGGGCGUGGCCACGCAGACGGGCUAUAAAUGAAAGAAUGCCAAGAAUUUCAUUAACGAGCCAGACGAAGCUCACCCAGGCAACUCCCCGGAGAGAAGCCACAAUGUUCAGACGGCUUCUCCCCUCCCUGCUGCUCCUGGUCUCAGUCUCUCGCUCGGGCCAAGGCCGGCCUCACCGGGCCCAGGAGGCCCAGAGGCUCCGGCUGCUGGAGGCGGUCAAGACGGGGAUCCUCAGCUCGCUCGGUAUGGACAAGGAGCCGGCGCUCACCCUGAAGGCCUCGGAGGAAGAGCUGCGGAGGAUGCAUCAGCUCUAUUGGGAAAAACUGAAGGCGAUGAGAGGAAAUCCCAGCCGGACCGAGGGGACGACCACCUCGACGGUGCUGGUCCCGGCCACAGUGGCGCCAAUAAAAGCACCUCAGGGAGGAGAACAAGCACAGGUGCAGUGGUACAGAGCAGUUUUCCAGAAGAACCCCGACUUCCACACGGGGGCGAGGCCCACCCGGGCGGAACUGAAGAUUUCCAGACAGACCCCGGCACCACCGAAAGCCGAGAUCCGGGUCGAAGUCAAGCAGGUGAACGCAAGCACCUGGACACACACCACAAUUCAUGCCAGCCACGCACUCGUGACGACGGACGUCAGCGCAACGGUGGCAAAGUGGAUCCAAGCAGACCAGGACGAGUCGCUGGUUGUCCGAGUAAGGACGGCCGAGGAUGGAAGCGAUCCAGUACUCUCUCUGGAAGUGGACUUCAUUCAGGCGCGCAACGGGAGGCCGCCGCGCUCCCUCAGGGAGGACGACUGCAACGACCAAGGCUGGUGCUGCCGGAAGUCCCUCAACGUGUCCUUCAAAGAGAUCGGAUGGACGGACUGGGUGGUGGCCCCCGCGGAGUACACCAUGCACCUCUGCGACGGCGCCUGCCCGCACAACUACAAGCCCGCCAGCAUGCACACGCAGGUGAAGUCGCGGCUGCACCAGCUGAUGAAGGGCGGCACGCCUCGGCCCUGCUGCGUGCCCGCCUCCUACGAGCCCAUGGUCCUCAUGCACUACGACAGCAAGGGCCGGUUGGAACUCACGCCUUUCAACGACCUCAUAGUCAGUGCAUGCCACUGUGCCUGAAACUCUCAAAGUUCAGGAGUUUUUACUUUGUCCAGCUGGAUGGACCAGGCUACUCCCAGGAACUUCAGACUCCCACUGCCUGGGUUGAGGUGCUGGGACCAGAAUAGCUGAACGGACAAGCGUUUUGUCAAUAACAAAUCUCUACCCAACACAUUUUACACAGAAACAAGGUUGUUUUCAGGUAGAAGUACAACAUGCCUGCGUAGAAAUGGCAAUCACUUGGUUAUUGUUAGGACUAUCAGAAAACAGGAUGGGGAGAGCCAGUGCUGUGUCUGGGAUAUUAAGGGAAAGACUCGGGAAUAACAGGCAUGUCUCUAUUUGCGUCAAGUGCAAGGUGUACAGAGCAACUGCGGAAGCUACACUUUUGUCGAGCUACUUUUCAAUUGACCAACUCGAGGGGAUCUACCUCAUUUAUAUAUAUCAUUUAUAUUUAUUUAUUUAUGAAAGAGACAAUUUUGUAAACAAGUUAAAUGUGUUUAAUGAUAAUACAAGCAUGUGUAACACA